AUGAAGGACAUGAUGGAUGCAGUUUCGGUAGAGGAGAGUAGGCGAACAUCCCUUGUAGGGGGCAUCUCUAUCUACUGUGACCCAGAAACCUACCAGACGGAUCAGCACCUGCAUGAUCUUCCGCAAUACAUCUCUGUUGGGGUGGGUAUCCAUCCACGUCAUGCGUGUUAUAGUGUGAUUCAGGUAAACCAGGCAGUGGAAAGGUUCCAGAACCUGCUAGCUAAUCCUUGCAUGGUGGCUUUUGAAGAGGUUGGACUCGACCACUCAGAGCCCAUGAAAUACUGGGCAUAUCAGGUCGAGAUGUUGGACAAGAUGCUGCCGUUCUUGGAAGAUAGACAUGUGCUGGUGAUUCACUGCCGUGGAAUGAAGGGUGAUUGCGUUGCAGAAGCGUUUCUCUUGCUCCUCCAUGUCCUGAAGAGGUAUGUGCGGAGGCAUCAUCCGAUACAUCUGCAUUGUUUCACUGGAAACAAGUAUGUCCAGAAUCGGUGGCUAGAGGUUCUCACGGACAUACUUUGGGUUCACCAACAAGGUGAGGACAUUCUCUCCGGACCAGAUGGCGGCACUACAGAACGUUGA